AUGAAACAUUUUCUCGAAGUAUAUAAUUCCUCAACACAUUCUACAACAGGACAUACACCAAAUUCAAUGACACAACAACAAGAAGAAAAGUAUAUACAAAAGAAACGAAGCCAAACACAAAAUAUCAGAAAUUCAACACAAUUUACUCUCAUUCCUGGUACAAAAGUUCGUGUAGUUCUUGACGACAAACCAUUGACAAAGAAACGUUUAAGGUUAAGUCGAAAUUAUUAUAUCGUAGACUCUACGCAAGGUAAUGGAUAUCUUAUAAAAGCUGCUGACGACUCCAUAGCAUUUUACCCUCGACAUAAAUUAGUCGAAAGUAGUAAUGGCAAACUUGCUGAAACCAUUGACGAAGCAAAGCGAGGAGUGGUUAUUGAAAUACUUGACUAUAACACAAACGAUGACACUUAUAAAGUAAGAUAUGAAGGAGGCGUUGAAGAUGUUAUACCAUCUAAGAACUUGAGAGAAUCUAAACCAACUCAUCUGGGACCAUUAGAGCGGGAGUACUGGAAAGAUAAAAACAUGCCAGAAAGAAUAAGAAAAUUCUUCUAA